UUCGCGCAAGUGUUGCACCAGUUCUUUCCUCGCCGCAGCUUGUCCGUUGUUUUCAAAGUAAUGAUAUUUAUUAGCUGUCGGUCUAUUAGCAAAGAGAGUUCUACGAAAGUGAAGAACGACGCACGAUGAAUUUGUCUUAUAAGAAAAAGAAUUAUGAGAACACAUUGUGGAAAUUUGGAAACGAUCUUAGAGUAGUAUUGUACUCUUAAUUAAUCAUUCGAAAGAAUGGUCUGUAAUCGCCUUACGAUGGAUUAAUGGAUCUGUCAGCUGUCACGAGGUAAGUUCUUUUUUUAUUACUUUUCUUGUUUCGAUCGAGCUUCGUCGAGCACACGGUCCUCUAACUCCUACUUCUCUCUGAGUACGCAAAACGAUGAACAACGGUUGGAUAUUUGUGAGCAUCCUGACGACGUUCGUAGUUGUCGUUAAUGGACGAGUUUAUUAUUUGCCGACUCUGGACCAGAAUCGAUACGACGACUUAACUUUCCCCGUUCCGAAUGAGCAAUCUUCGCGGGAUUUGGAUCUGAGUUUCUUUGCCGGGGACUCGAGCGAUCCUGAUAGUAAGAUACAUCCUGUUAAAAAGGUGUACACGCUUGUCGCGCCGGAAAAGCCGGUCAUGGAAGUGAACAAAGAGGAGCUACCGAUCACGCGUUACAAAUUAGUCGAAGCACCUGUUAAGAGAGUCGGAUCAGAUGAUAUUAUCAUGGUCCCGGAGGUGAACCGCAAAAUGGUGAAAAUCGAUAGGAACAACAAGGGUGAAGUGAUCUUGGAGCUUCGCGUUAUCGCUAAUCACGACACUGUUUGAGGAAUUUAGCAGGUAUACGAACGAGCGUGAAUACUGCACAUAAUGUGAUAAAAAUAAACUGAUAAUUUUGUAAAGCAUAAAUCGAUAAUUACGUAUUAUUUUUCUUGCUGGAAAGAUUAAAAACCCGAUCGUAAUAUUGAGAGAUGAGAUAAAUAAAUAAUGGUUAUUCAAAUAUUA